AUGCCAUGGGGCUGUCUCCUCCACAGUCCCACCCACAAUGGCUUGGGGCUGUCUCCCCUCAGUCCCCCCCACAGUGCCUUGGGGCUGUCUCCUUACAGUCUCACCCCACAAUGCCUUGAGCAAUCACCUGGUCUGCUGGGGAAGGUCUGCCAACCACCAGCUCCUGCUCGAAUCUACAAGACGCUGCCCCCCAUCAAGAAUCAGAGGCCCAGUUUCCAGCCAGCCAGCCGCAGCCGAGGGAAGGGCCGGCGGGAGCCCAAGAAGGAGGGAUUUUGGGUCUGCCCUGAGCCCCCCGAACCGUUCCUGCUGCAUCUGAGCCUCACUGCCCGCUCCCAUGCCACAGAUGACUUCCUGGCAGCCUUUUAUCCAGACCUGCAGCACCAUUUCCUGUCCUGGGAGACCAGUAAGCAGCCAGCUUGGAUGGACGGGCCUGGGGCGGACAGAGGUCGCUCCGCCCGACCAGAUCUGGCUUCGGCCUGGCAGCACAAACAAAUGCUGACCGAUGUCUUGACCACAAUCAUCAGGGGCCUGAUGGAUGACGGUCAGUUCCACGAAGCCGUGACCAGGAGCCUGCGGGAGCCCAUACCCUUCUACUCGCAGCUGUGGAGCGAGGACUCGGCCUGGCUGAUGGCCGAGAAGGCCAGCAAGGGCUACUUACUGGACGUAUCCCCUCUGCUGGACGAACGGGAGGAGAGGGAAGAGGAGGAGGGUGGGGAGAAGGGGGAAGAAGUAAAGGAGGAGGAGGAAGUCCAGGUGGAGGAGGAGGAGGAAGAAAAGGAGGACGGGGCUUGGGAGAGAACAUCGCCCCGGCUGAAUGCGUCGCCGUCUUCGCUGGAAACCGAGUUAUUAGAGAAGCUCAAAGCUGCUGGACUGGAGGAGCAGCAGAAUGAUGAGAAGGAAACCCUCACAAGGAUGCCGGCCUUCGGGCAGCUGGUGGAAUCGCUGCUGGAGAACAUCAUCCGGAACAUCAUGGUGGAGGCCAGCCUGGGGGAGGUGGUGCUGACCGCCCAGCCCCGGAUCGUCGCCCCGGCCCCCACACAGCCCAAGGAUGAGGCCCGAGCUCCCAGUUCGGGUCAGUCGCCCCGCAAGCCCUCGGAGCCGUUUCCGUAAGAAAGUCCAGGGGACGCCGGAUCCCACCCCUCGCCCCUCAAGUUCUCCCGAGCCCCAAGCUCAACGACCCCCGACCCCUCGUCCAAUAAAGCUCCGCUCACCCAUUUCACAGUCUGACCCGACUCCCUCCGUUCUUGCUGCGCAGGCGGGAGGAGGAGGAAGGAGGAAAAGGAGAAAGAUGAAGGAGGAAU